AUGCCCCGGGGACGUGGGCAGUUGCCGUGGCGUCUCGUCGGGUUUGUUUUAGUCGGCCUUCUGAUGCGAUGGCUCAGCGUCGUCGUCUUCAGGCUUCUGCUGGCGGUGCUCGCCGCGCAGAGCAGCCAGGACGCGCCGACGUCGCUCCCUCAGUUCGCCGACCAGCUCCUCGGCCAUUUCGAGACCAACUCUCGCAUAGGAUUUCUUGAAGACGUUUGUUUUUCUUUUUUCAAUACAUCCCUUUUCAAAAGAUCUUCAGUAAAAAGCGCAAAAAAAUAGAAAAAAAAAUGCAAAUCUUCUUUUAGUAGUAAAAAAAUUAUACGAUCAAAAAACGAUUUUUAUCAUCCAUCUUGUACAAAAUGUUCCAUCUUGUUCCCAAUGCAUGCCAAAAAAACUGGAACGAGCGAUUGCAAUGAUGUUCGGAAAAGAAAUAAUAAGUGAAGGCAGAAGGAAUGAAAAAGGAGGUUUUGGAUUUCGCUGCGGGCACAUUCGAAAAAAUUGGCUGUCCAUGUUCCAAAUGCGUUCGCCAAAGAAAACACAAUUUAUGGCCUUUAGACAUGCGUUUUGGGAAUCAUUGCGGCGCGUUUAACGUCUCAGGUAGAAUUUUCCGUUAAAUCGACCAGAAGGGGAUCUGCAAGAGGCCGUUUUGCGGGUAUUUCACUUCGAAAGAAAAAAAACCGACCCCAAAAACAAUUAAAUUACAUUCUGAACUAUGCCCAAGACUUCAAAAUUUCGGGAUUUAAGGAGAUAGAAGAGCUGAGAGAAGAGGUCCGAUCUAAGUCAGAAGAUCCGGUCGCUGUACUUCGAAGGUCCACGGAGGAACUUGAAGAACUUUUUUCGCGUCGCGUCGUCGCUCUCCGAGUUCGUUUUUCGGCGAUUUAGAAGACAAACGGCAAAAAAAAAAACGCCAAACUGAAAUUAAAACACGGCUCAAUCAUAAAAAAAUAUUUAUUGGUUUUUUUCUUCGAUUAUCAACUUUGCCUGAAUUUCAAAGCCUGGCGGCUGAAAAGUUCCGUUCAUGAGCCUCGUACUCUCCAUUUUCUUUUGAAGAAACAAUCGAUAGCCAAAAUAUAGGGAUAUAAUCAUCAUUCCAGUUUAUCUCUCUAGUGCAUGCUGAAAAAGUCCGUCGGUUCGGUCGUUUUGAUAGUGGCCAUUUUUUGAUGUUUUCAAAUUUUGGAAGCUUUUUUGGGCUUUAUAAAGGUAUGUUUUUCUUCAUAAUAUGACUAGUUUUGAAAUCAGUGAGAAAUUCGACCUUUUGGUUCCCGAAAGUUAACUUUUUCUGAAUUUUUCGACUAUAAAACAGACAUGGAAAACAGUUAGUGAGUCUCAGCUCAAGUUUAUUCAAAAAAACUUUUAAUUAUUUCCAAACUACAACAAUAGAAAUAGCGAUAUGCCAUUGUUGGAUAAACUAAUAUUCCAUGCGUGGUCGGAGCUCAAAAGAAUCUUCUUUUCGGAAUAACGAGCAUCGACUGCCGUAAUUAGCCGGCGCCGCAAUCCUUCGGAUUCUUCGAGAGCCGCGAAAACAAGGACUAAAGAUGUCCGAGUUUUCACUAGCUGGAGACCUCAUCAAAUGGACGGAUUUGUUUGGGAACGACUCAGUUUUACGAUAAUUUCUCUUGAAAGCUUUUAAUUGAAGUUUUACUCCAUUACCAUUUAUAUUACUUUAAAAAGUUCAAAACGCGUUCCCAAGCUUAUUUCGAGUGUAGAGGAAGGUCCCAGGAAAAGAGUUUUCCCGCAUUCAUCCACGAGCUCAAACGCCUCGCUCGAAGUAUGACCAAGAGAAUCAAGGGCGGAUUUCGUACGAAAAUUUCAAUAUGUACUUUGUUUCUUGAAAAGAAAAAAAGCUGCGUUCUUUCUUACUCGGUUUUCGAUGAUUUCAGAAGUUGGCUGCAAGUGCGGAGGCAUCGGCGAAACAUCAUGUUUCUUACGAUGACCGGAUGGUAAGAUUCCAAGAAAGUUCUCCAGUCAGAUAGUAAAAUGGAUUGCUUUGAAUCAUGACUUCCAGGAAUUUUUUUUUCAAAAGCGUGAAAAACUAAUUUUGAGAAAAAGACUUCCAGGAGUUAGGAAUUAUCUUGCGUAAAAACGAGAUCGAUAUUUUGAAUUUUAUGUUGAAAAUAUGUUUCUUGAUAAAAGAAGGGUUGGAGGCUGCCAUCACACACUUUUCAUGGAAUAAGUUUUGAAUAUUUUCGGUUUCAAUAAGGUCGAAUCCAUUUUAACUUUUGAUCGUGUGUCACGAUUGUUUUAUAGAAACCUUGGAAUCUUCUUUCUUGCAGUUUGGAGUCCCACAGGACGAGGCGCGAUGCGAGAAAUACCAGCGAGAAAUGAACGAAAAGGACGUUCACUACCCGUCGAACUCGGUGGCAGAGACUUCGGGAGUGCACAUCAACCUCGUCUCCUACCAGUGCGGUGAGCUCCGUCCUCUGUAUCCUGUUUUCAUUGGUUUUUCAGACCCGCAAGUGAUGCGCGACUUUGACUGGACUGGAUCAGAUUAUCUCGAAAAAACGAUGGCCGAAAACAAAAGAGACUCGCCGGAGAUGGGCCACCAGUACAUCGGAACCUACUCAGGUCUCACUAGGAUGUACCCUCGUGAGGACAGAAUGGAAGGCGGCUGAAUAAUCCGAGGCCUAGGAAGGAAGUGGGAGAUCGAGCCGGCGCAGAUCACUAUCGACCUGUUUGACCCAACUUUUCGGCCGUGGUUUGUCAACGCCGAGAGCAAGCCCAAAGACGUCGUUUUCCUGGUGGACUAGUGAGUCGUGUCCGUCUUUGAAUAAUCGAGGAGAGACUACAGCUCGGGCAGCGUCAAAGGUCCCACCAUGCAUCUGAUCAAAAUCACGAUGAUGUACAUGUUGUCGACACUCAGUCCCAACGACUACUUCUUCGGUGCCAAAUGUGGUUUUUGAUUUUCAUAAGAAGUGUGUUUGAGGCGUCUACUUCAACAGCGACUUCAAACCCAUCGUUUCAUGUCGAAACGAGACUUUCAUGCCUGCCACAACCAGCAACAAGAAGGUAAAGUCCCUCUUGAAGCUCCCAGUCGUCGGUUUGUUUCAGGUGUUCUUCGAAAAACUCGGCGAAAUCGAAGAGAAAGAUCAGGCUCAUUUCUCCACGCCGCUCAAUUUCUCUUUGUCCCUUCUACACGGGGUACAAAGCGAACUUUAUGUCUAAAUUGUUUUUUUGAACAAGAAUUGCAGAACCUGGACUCGAAUAAUUCGCUCUUCACGGGUUACCGAUCCGGCGGCCACAAGCUGUUGAUCGUAUUCACCGACGGUGUCGACGAGUGGCCGCAUCAGGUUCUCGAGGAAGAGUUCCGCACGCGUGGCAACGACCUGGUGAAGCAGCCCUCAAGUAAUAAAUUCAGUCUUUUUCAGGUGCGCAUUUUCGGUUUUUCGAUGGGUUUCUCGUCGGGACAACUGCCGCUACAGCAGUACAUGGCUUGUAACACCAACGGCGGUCAUACUGGUCUGUUUUUUUUCUAAAGUUCUUUUUUUCAUGGAAGUGGAGCUCUUUAUCUUGCUCAGUGAAGUUUGCAUUGCACUUUUGAAAGCUAUAUGAAUUCAAUGAAUGAAACUUUUACUAAUCAUUUUUGCUCGCGCUUUAUAAUGGUAGCUUUCGUUGAAUUCAUCUUAAAACAAGUAAAUCCUAGUUCUCAACGUAACAAUGUUUCAAAUGGAUAGCUGAUCUAACUCUUACAUCCAGGGAAUAUUACUUCAUUCUGAGUAAUGAAAACUUCUUGGAGAAAUUAAAUUUUACGCCGCUAGAUCUUGUGAUUUUGUGUGACAGCACCAAAUUAAACGUAGUCUUAAAUAUUUCGAGAUUUCAUUUUGUAAAUCGGCUUUCCUCAUAACUAUCAGAAAAAGGAACGAAAAAUUUUUUUAAAAAAAUUAUAAUAACUCUUGAAAAAAAUGAAUGUUUUAGUCAUCGAUUCGAUCAUGGAUGUCAAACCGCAGUCGAGAUUCUAUCUUGAUGUUCUGAGUCGUUCGGAAGGCGAAGCUCUCAAAGACACGAGAGUAGAAGAUCGAGACCCAAACUGGUGGGUUUCUCGAAAAAGGCCGAUGACUUUCACAAUGAUUGUUCAGGACCCAACUCUAUAUGGAGGCCCAAGGCCUGGGACCAACAAUAACGCUCUCGAUGCCGGUUUUGGCGUCGGAAGAGGCAAAUGCGCUCUGGGGGAAGCAGAGAAUAGCGGGAAUUGCUGGUAGGCCUGAGCUGAGUGCUGGAAAGGAAAAAGAGAGGAUGCAGCGAUCGACGUCGCCAUAAAAGAAGUAACUUCGGUCCUUCCUGUUGGCAGCGACCAGAUCUACGCGAUGAUCGUCGACAACAACGGCGUCCUCAUCUACCAUCCCAGGCUUGCCAUUCCGGUUCCUUUCCUUUAUUGGAGAAUCGCAACAGGACGGUUCAGAAGACGGAGGUCCACUCUGUCAGGAGAAGCGCUUGCUACGACGCCUCGCAAGUCCGUUCCAAAUACGCUAGUGGAUUGCGAGUUCGUUUCUUCCAAAUUACCCGGCUUUCUUUGAAACAGCCCUCGUUUCCCUAUGUCCGAUUUUUGCAGGUACAAUACGGAUUCAGCGAUGAACGUGUCUAUCGGCUUGUCGGUCUUAUUGAUAGCAUCCCAACCAUCGACUUGGUAAUAUAUUUGAGAGGAAUUCGAUCGGAAACUUUUUUCAGUUGCAAGUUAUUUAGAAUAUUGGUCUUUUUUCAUUUUUUGGACACAACAAAAAUUAAAAUUUUCUAAUUUCGCUCACUCUUCUAUGAACUUUGAAGUCUUUGAACUUUCUCCCUUUGACUAUUUUACAUUUAAGAAUUUUCCUCCGAAGAAGGUGCAAUACACUUUUCAAAUUUUUUUGAAGUGCAUAAUGGGAAGAAUGAAGGUUUCAUCAAGAAGUUUUUUUCAUUUUUUUAAAUAUAAAUCAUGCAGUUCCUGAAAAUGAAAAGUCACAUUUACAUCCAUUGAACUUGUCAAAAUCCGUUUACAGUACGAGCUGGAAGGAAACUCAACGGCGUGGCAGGACCUGCGACAGAGGAUCAUCACCAAAUCGUGUCACGACACGCCGAUCUCAGCGGUUCGCGGCCUUUUUCCUCCUCGGAAAAGGAUUCUUCAGGGAACUCGAGAACUUUACUGCACCCACCUCAAGAACUCUCCGUUCACCCUGGUCAUCGUCAACGAUUUGUCUCUGGAGACCGUCGUUUAUCCCCAUGAAGUCCCACAGGUGCACGUCGGCCACAACGCUCUUCUCGGAUACUUUUACGUUCCCAGGUGAGCUUUUUUUCGUUUCACCCCUAAAACUCAGUUGAAUAUGGUCCAUAUGUUGAAAAAAAAAACCGUUUUUUGUAUUCUCGAUGUACUGAUAUACAUUUUUUUAAACCUAAUUUCUAUGUUAAACGAAAUUUUAAAGUCGGACAGAACUUUGUCUCAGGCUGCAUUAGUAAAUCAUCACAAUCAAUCGUUAUUCCAGUAACUUGUUCAGAUCUACCUAUCCGAAAGCUCAUGGUGAUACAUUUUUUGGCCCAUUUUGAUUGUAGAGUUUUGAUUAUAAAACACUCAUCGGAUUUUUGAGGCUCAAAUUCAAUUUAUCAGAUAAAGGGCAGAAAUUCCAGAAAAAAAAUUGGAAAAUGUUGAAACCAUUCCAGGCGAAUAGAAAAGAUUGAAAAAUAGAAAUUGAUUACGCUUCAGAGAGACUUGUGAGUGGAAGCUGGACAAACUGUCGGCGCGGGACCGAUUCGCAGGAUUCGCGUCUCUUUCCGAAGACGACUGCAAGGAGAACAUCCGACUGGCUCGUGCUUCGAUCAACGCGAUCCGAGGCUGGAGAGAGUCUUGGCCUAGCCUCGGUAGCCCUGCAGUCCUAUCCUCGUUCAUCCCGCCUUUUCUUCAGAAACUUUCAAUUCUACUUGCACCUUGGCUCCAGUGCCUCAGGGCAUCGAGCCGCGUUCUUUUGUCAACUCAUUUGUUCACAUGCGCGGAAAAAUAACGGCUUUUUACCCAGCUUGGUAGGUUUUCCCCGACCUUUUUGGAGUUUUUAACCUUCUUCAGUACCGACGAAGUGAUGAAGGCGGUCAACCGGAAAUUUGAUCGAGAAGUUCUUACGAAAGAUGACACGGGCUCUCUGAGAAUAACUAUCGGAGACAACGCGAUUAUUGGAUACAAGUGAGUUUCCGUUCUGUUUAAACAACGGGCUGAAGUUCUCGAAGUGGACUUACAAUGGCAUAGAUAUAUGUAGCUUGAAAACAUGAGAAAUUUUCGUGUCCAUUCUCUCGAUUCUUCAGCUUCAGCAGCCGUUUCAAUAUGAAAUUCAAACUUUUCGUCUUCCAAUUUCAUAAUAUCGGAAAAAGACUUAUAAAGACAAAAAGACUUAUAAAGACAAUGUAAAAGGCUUUUGGUCCUUUCUAGAUGUUGUAGGUAUGCCUUUCGGUGCUGAGGACUCGGACUGGUAUAGUAAGAAUAUUUACUGGCUCAUAGCAUCAUAUAGACAAUAAUAGCGACCCAUCCUGGUCCGGUCUGUCUCUUCCUCCACUCAAGCUCUCAGAGGCGGCGCCUUGGCGCCGCCCAGGUUAGUUAAGCUUCUUGAGAGACGAGUCGGUGGUGGACGGUGUUAGACAUGGCACCUUUUACAACAUUACCAUUACAUUCACUACGGCCCCAGAAGACGCUUCGUCCCCGAAGCCUAAAAUAAAUAAAAGGGAAUAGUAAGAACAUUUUUAAAAGACAAAACAAUUCAGAGAGGGAAAUAAUGUAUUAGAUAUCAAAUGAGAAAUAGUCAUUUUACUAAAGGUGUGUAUGAGGAGCGGAAGGUGAGAUUAUUUGUUGGGAUUGAGGAUGAGUUUCCGAGGCUGGUUGAGCUGAUGACGAGAGUUUGAAAGGCGACGGAAUUGAUCGGCUCAACGGUGGUUUUUUGCGAUUGGAUGUUAGACGAUGAGGAAAUGUUGAUAGACGAUGUUUGAAAGGUGAUGGUGUUGUCAGGAGAUGUUUGUAUGAUGCUGUCAAGGAGUAGAGGUAGCUUUCUCAGAUGGAAUAUGAGGAAGGCAGGAGUAGAUCUUCUGCCGGAUGGUACAUGACGGAAGUUCCUGGGACCUCCGUGAAAUGAAUGGAAUGAUGUUCCUCACGUACGCCACCAGUGCGCUACGCCAGAGUGAUGUUGUAAAGAAAGUUGGGGCGAAUGCCCACAGGCCUUUUUUCACUCAAGAGUGCUCUCGUUAAAAAAAUCAGAUAAUUUUAAAUGAUAUUUUGUAAUGAAAAAAUCUGAAAUACAAAGAAACCACUUUAAUCUAUUGUAUGACAAAAGAUGAAUUUUCAAGAGCGGUCCAAGACAAGAAAGGGAACCGCCUGAUGGUGGUGGGAACGCAGUGGAGGAUGAAUUUCAUCGACCGACUUCUGAAUGACUGGCGCGCUCGUCACACCGACUGGGACUUCUGCCGGAAUGUCAGCCGUUACCAAGAACUUUCAUCCAUUCUUAGUUUCCAGAAAGAUUGUUUGUUGGUGACCCGAGAAGCCUUCGUCGUGGGCUCGACGCCGCAGCGCAAGGCCCCCGGCCACCUGUCUUCCUUCGAUUCACAGCUCUUCGAGUCACUCGUCAAAGCCGACGUCAUUAGGAAGUUGGUCGUAACUGGCGAUGUAGACAAUGAGAAGUUUGAGACAAGAGUGGGUAGAUGUGCAAGCGGAGUGCAUGGCGAGGAAGGUGGCGCCCUGGACGAGUGCUUCGCCGACGUCGUCAAGUCUUCUGCGACACGUCUUCCGUUCUUUCUUCAAACUCUUCAAGAUGUCCUUCUGGUACCUUCGAACCUUUUUCGUUUUUAGCCACUUUCUUAGGGUAAACCUAUACGAAGCCCUUGUCGGCUACGUGGCCGGACAACCUUCGAUGAACGGUGGCAUCUGUCGUUUCCAGCGGAUAAAGCCUUUCGAACGCUGCUCUCUCAGGCAUUUCCAGUACCAACUGAGGCUCAAUAUCACCAAGCAGAUCAAGCUUCAGGUCGGCUACGACGUCUGCUCCAGGUGAGAAGUUUUGUUCCUUCGAUAUUAUCAUCCUUUAACAGGUACGCCAACAUGUACCCGGUUCCGAUGACGACUCUCACCCUUAUCGUCGUUGGCAAGUCUUGUAACCAGUACAAACCUCACCUUCUCUACGAAUCUCAACCUCAGAAGCGUGAGUUUCUCGAAAAAUCGAUCAUUGGAGAAUGUUAUAUUGCAGUGGAAGGAUGUCAAGUUAUGCAGUCUCGACCAAGACGGCCGCCCUUGUCGUUAAACAACUUCUCCUCCGUCUUUGAGGUGUGA